UAAAAUUUUCUCCCGCGGAAUGAACGUUAUUUUGUAAUCUUGAAUUUGGAUCAACCUUGAAUUGAUUUAACUGUUUUGUCUGAUUUUCUGAUUAAUUUGUUGUUUAUUUUUAAUUGUUUAUAAUUAUCCAUGAAUAUGAAUGGACAAUUUAUUUUAGUAAUUGGUCCAUGUCUAAGUGACACUUUGGUAAAGGAUUUAGUGGAACGUGAUAUUGCCUACAAAAAGGCCACUAAUUAUGAAAUUUAUGACAAUGAAGAAAAUCAACAUCUAUAUGUUGUUAAAGAUUUUGCUGGAAUUUAUUUUGAUAAAUUGAGAGAAGCGAAAAAAUUUAUCUAUGGGUUAACGGCUUUGAAACAAACCUUAUUUGGUACCCAAAUUAUGACAUUACCCAAACAUCCUCUUCACAAUUUUUCAAUGUCUAAAGUUUGCAUGGCAAUGAGCAAAGUGACCGACCGUUUUUUAGCUAAACGUCAUUUAGACAUGGUUCAUUUUAUGGGUGGUUCUUGUCGUAAACUGAUUGAAAGUAAAGUUAAAUUUCUUGUCGCUUAUGGAUCUGGUGGUGAUAAAUAUCGGACUGCAAGCAAUACUGAUAUUUCAAUUAUGAGCCCUGGUUGGAUUGAUUAUUGUUGGGAACAACGAUUCUAUGUUGACUUUGAUGCAACUGAUUCGGAAAUUGUUGAAAAAUAUCGUUUAAAGCCGUUUGAAUUUCUACAUUUAUCCUUUGUUAAAUUUCCUCCUGAUGAAUUGAAAAAAAUGGAAGAGUUAACAGUUUGUAAUGGUGGUAAUGUUGUGCAACCAGAGGAUCCAAGAUGUACUCACAUAGUGAUUUAUGCAAUUUCUGGUGAAAAAGAUCCUGAUCUUAUUCUGGAACCAACCAAUGAAUUUGUAAAUGUUGUUUAUGAAGAAUGGUUUUGGACAUCACUUCAAAUCCGAUUACGGGCUGAAGAAUCAGCAGCUGAUCAUGCAUACCCAUGGAUCAAUAAUCAUCUAUCAAUAUUGGAAAGAACUCAUAGAAUGUCAGGAAUUCUCAGUCCAAAUUUGGAUUAUACGCGAGCUGACAUGUCGGAAAUGUCAAUUUCAGACGCAAUGGCCACUCCAAUAAUAACCCAUAAAUCUAAGCGAAGAUUAAUUUGUGAGGAGCUUAUUGAAACUGAAGAGAAUUACAUAGAGAUUUUGGAGGCUCUUGUUGACGGGAUUCAGCGUGAGAUUGCAAAUUCAAAGCUGUUAGAUGAAGGACAAGUUCGAAUUAUCUUCGGAAAGUUACCUGAAAUUCUGAAAUCUCAUCAAUUACUCUGUAGUGAUUUAAAAUUGAUAACAGCCAAAUGGAAGGAGUCAACUGCCAUCUCUUCAAUUUCCAAAGUGUUUAUUGAAUAUGCACCAAAAUUAUUAGAAAAGUAUCCACCUUAUGUCAACUCAUUAGACUCUGGUAGAGAAAUAAUUGAAAAAUCUCGUAAAGAUGAACGUUUCUUUGCUCUUCUCAAAAAGUGUGAAAGUCGACCAGAAUGUAAACGAGCCAGUUUAACCGAUCUACUUUCCCGUCCAUUCCAAAGGUUAUUUCAUGUUAGAAAUCUUCUCCAGAGACUCAUGGAUGAUCUUAAAGAAUCUUCACCAGAUUCUGAGCAACUUUCUCUUGCUCUUGAAGAAAUGGACAAAACUCUUCAAGCGAUCAACGAAAAGAAACGAACAACCGAAAGUCAUCUUGCUCAAUUCGCUGAAUUAAGUAAAAUAAAAGAUUUACCACUUGAACUAAUUUCUGCCACAAAUCGGAUUAACGGUCAAGUUAAUGCUCGUAAAUUGAGGCUCAUUGAUGGUAAAUUAGUGCCUUGUACCAGCAUGUUGAUAACGUUAUUCCUGUUAAAUGACGUUCUAGAGAUCUGUAAAAGAAGAUCAGUUAAGCGAUCGCCAUCAUUUUCUCGAUCAUCUCUUACUGGUAGAGCGAGUGUUCAACGUUCUGGUUCAUACUCAGGCUCAAGGGACGAUCUUAGAAAACCUUAUCGACACAUUGGGAAAGUUGAAUACAGUUCUGUUAAAGCAAUCGAAAGCUUUAAAUCAUGUUCAGGAUAUGAAAGUUUAUUCAUACUUAUAUUACGUCCUCAGGAUGGAAUGGACAAAGAGGAUUCAGGAGCUUUUCGAUAUUUACCUUUUUGGGUUGAAGACGAAAACCAAGGUCACGCUAAAGGUUGUGAUAAUUUCAUUAACCUUCUCGCUAGAUUAUUGUUUGAAUGUGGUCAAAGUUCAAGAGAAAUAGUUCACAAGAAAAGUGACCCACCAAGUGUUGAUCUUCGAUAUUCUGAGAAAUUUUUCUCCGCCUCAUCUCGAGGGAAAUCGAAAACAAUGUCAUUCCGAUUUGCCAAACGUUUUAAAAUGGAAUCAAUGAAAGGAACAAUUUCACCUCUUGUCACCAAACAGUAAACCAGGCGAAGUAAAAGAAAAUACCAAAUGAUGAAUCAAAUUAAUUACACAAAGUGUUAAACCAAAUCAAAGAUACACAAUCACAAGCCACAGUCACAACUUUCUUCUUUCCACCAAAAUUGAUUCACCAUGAUCAGAAUCACAACUCUGCAUCUCUCUCAUUUCCACCAACAUACUUAUUUUCCAUCUUCCUCUUUUUCAUCCUUAAACUUUUUUUACAUUUAUAUUAAUAUUUACACUAGAAUGAGCUCUCCCUCUCUUCAUCUCUCUCUCUCUCUCUCUAUCUCUCUUAUAUAUAUAACCUCUUGUAUUUAUUUUUUUAACCUUAUCACUUUCCACUUCCUACCUUCUCUCACCUUUGAAUUGUGAAUGAUAAACUUGAAACCAUUUCUUCAAUCAUUGAAAGGUUUUUACAUCAUCAUCACUCUGAAAAGAAGAAGCAACUCAAAUUGGAUUGAUUGACCAUUUAUCAUCCUUUUUGCCUCUUUAGUUUUUUUUAACUAACAUACACCAAAAAAAAAUCUGAAACUGAUAUAUAUCAUUUUCAUCAUUCCAUUCACCUCUUUCUCUCUCACUCACUCUCUUUCUCUUUCUCUCUUUUUUUCUAUUCACUAUGUCAAUCAACUUAAUCAUUUUGCCAUUUCAUGUUAUUUUCUUGUCUUUUUCUUAUUGACGAUUUUUUUUGUAAACAUUUUUUUUGUUGGUAUCACAUUAGAAAGCAAAAAAUGAAAUUGAAACAAUUUACUAUCACAAAUAUUGUCCAAUUACAAUCAAAUUGUUGAUCAAGGGAAUCAACUUUAGAUCCUGUCAUUCCAAUAAUUACUAAUAUUUUUCUCUUCUUUGUAAAUUCUAAAACAUAAUAUCCGGAAGUGGAAGACAAAUGAAGUAUACCCUUUAAGUUGUAAGAACAAUUCAACAAACAAACAAUCAACUAAUUCUAAUUAUGUAAUAAUCUAAUUGUAAUGUUAUUAAUUAUUUUUCUAUUCCCUAAUGAAAGUGUGUAGAUAUACAAGGAAAAGGGUCUUUUACCCAAUUACCUAAUUUUAAUCAA